AUGUCUGCAUUAAAUAAUGAUAAGAAUUCUAGAGAAAAAAGGAUCAAAGAAAUUUAUAGACAUGAUGAAAUGUCAAAUAAAGUUCUUCAAGUGGAUAAAAGAUUACAGAGUUUUGAAUCAGAUCCAUUGAAUGAUGCAGAAUUGUCUAAGCCAACAUCAAUGUAUGGGAAAGUUAAAUUAAGUGAUAUGGGAAAAAAUGUUAAUAAGCAAAUAGACACUGAAGAAAUUGAUAAUAUUAAAAGACAAAUUCAAAAUAAAGAUAUUUCUUUGAGCAACCAUAAUGAUAACCAGAACAAAACAGCCACUAAUAUUAUUAGCGAUAAGACUAUUUUGGAAAUGGAUAACGUCUCAACAUUGAAAUACUACCCAAGUGAUAGCUAUAAUAGUGAAAUAUAUGAAAAAAUACUGAAAUGGACUAUGGAAUUACUAGGAAAUGACAUCCCACACGAUAUUAUCUUAGAAACAUCAGAUAUCUUGAUAUAUAAUUUAAAAGAUCAAUCAAAUAAAAAUGGUAAUAAAAUCGACACAAACGUACAAGUACAACAAAAUAUUGAAAAUGAUUUAGGUGUAUCUAUUGAUACAAAGAGAUUUACAGAUUUAAUCAAACUGACAAAUAUGAUUACCGAUUAUGACUUAAACACAAAAUAUAAUACUAUUUCAAAACAGUAUGAUAAUACUAUAAUAAAGACAAAUUCACUUAGUGAUGAGGAUGUUGAGGAAAAUCAGAAUGAUAUAGAGGAUCUGAAUACUUUAGAACAAGAAUUACUUAUAGAAGAAGCAGAAGGCGAAGGGGAAGAAGCAAAUUUAUCGAAUAUCGUGAAUAACAAUAACUCUACAAUAAUUAAAGAAAAUAUCUUAGACACAAAGUUAUUACCAAAUAAAGAGGAAGUUAUAAUUGAGUCAACUAUGGAGAAAAAUAUUCUGCCAAUAAUCACCCUUAUAAAUAAAGAUUACAUCAAAAGAAGAAUACAACUAGAUUUUAAUCAGAGAGAAUCAACACUCCUUAACAAUAUAUUUAAUAAAAUUAUUAAAUUGUUAAAGUCUACUCAACAUGAUAAAAAACAAUUUAUUGAAAAAAUCGAAACUAUAUUAGACCAUAAUAAACAUCCUAAUUUAAUUAAAUUCUUUUCUAAAAAUUAUCAUAAAUUAUCUUGGGGGGUAAUUCUAUCAGAAGUGAAACCUUCAGAUCUAAAUAAUGUAUUUGAAAGAAUGAAAUUGAAUAAUUGUCAGGACCUUUUAGAGGAGUAUCUUUCAAAUAAAGACGUUGGUAAUAAUUUGUCAAUGAAAAGGUCAUUGGAAGAAAAAGAUGAUGAAAAUGAAAUAAAUGAGCAACAUCAAGGACAGAAGAAAAUAUUGCUAAAGAAGCAAAUACUUCCUCCGAUAGUAGAUCUUGAUGCAAUUAAAUUUAAUCAGAAUUUAAAUAUUUUAAAUAUUGAUAAAGUUAAUCUCCCAGAGGGUUCCUUUAAAAAAGUUAAAGACAAUUAUGAUGAAAUUCACAUUCCAGCACCAAAGAAACCAUCUGCUAAUUUUUCAUUAAUAUCUAUAUCAGAAUUACCAGAUUGGGCCCAAGAAGCUUUCCCCUCUAAGGAAACUGUAACUCUUAAUCAAAUUCAAUCAAAAGUUUAUCCUCGAGUAUUUGAGAAUGAUUCUAAUCUUUUGUUAUGUGCUCCUACUGGUGGUGGGAAAACUAAUGUGGCUAUUUUAGGUAUUUUACGCGCAUUAUCUCAUUUUCAUAAUAAUUACACCAAUAAGUUUAACCUCUCUAGUUUUAAGGUAGUCUACAUUGCUCCAUUAAAAGCGUUAGUCCAAGAGCAAGUGAGGGAAUUUCAAAGAAGGUUGUCAUAUUUAGGUAUUAAGGUAUCAGAAUUAACGGGUGAUUCUCGAUUAAAUAAGUAUGAAAUUGCUCAGUCACAUAUUCUGGUGUCAACUCCAGAAAAAUGGGAUGUUGUAACUAGAAAGAUGGACGAUUCAUCAUUUGUCCUUGACAUUAGUUUGAUAAUUAUUGAUGAAAUACAUCUUCUUCACGAUAUCAGAGGUCCUGUUUUAGAAAAUAUUGUUUCUAGAACAUUAUAUUCUCGAUAUUGGUUAAACAUUCCUAGAUUAAUUGCAUUAUCUGCAACAUUACCAAAUUAUACCGAUGUUGCCAAAUUUUUAAGAGUCCCUGAUGACUUUAUCUUUUAUUUUGAUUCUUCUUAUAGACCAUGUCCGUUGACCCAACAAUUUUGUGGUAUUCGUGAACAAAGUGCCUUAAAAAGGAUGGCAGCUAUGAAUGAUGCAUGCUACGAUAAAGUUUUUGAAUCUUUAUCUAAUAAUAAUCAAGUGAUUAUUUUUGUUCAUUCUAGAAAGGAUACUGUACGCACAGCUACUUGGUUGAAAAAUAAAUUUCUACAAACUGAUAAUAUCAAUAAGAUGAAACCGCAAGAAGCUGGUUCCAAAGAAAUUUUAUUAUCUGAAAGUAAAAACGUUAAAGAUCCAACUUUAGGAAAAUUGUUUGAAUAUGGAAUUGGUAUUCAUCAUGCAGGAUUGACCAGAGAGGAUAGGUCAUUAUCCGAGGAUUUGUUUGCUGACGGUCUAUUAAGAGUAUUGGUAUCAACUGCCACUUUAGCAUGGGGUGUCAAUUUACCUGCACACACAGUUAUUAUUAAAGGUACUGAUGUGUAUUCUCCUGAAAAAGGUACAUGGGAACAACUUUCACCACAAGAUAUUUUACAGAUGUUAGGAAGAGCCGGUAGACCUAGAUAUGACACUCAUGGUGAAGGUAUCAUUAUAACUAAACAAUCUGAUUUACAAUAUUAUUUAGCAAUUCUUAAUCAACAAUUACCAAUCGAAUCACAGUUAAUGUCAAGAUUAGAUGAUAGUGUGAAUGCGGAAAUAGUUCUGGGAAAUAUUAAAUCAAGGGAAGAUGCAAUAAUAUGGCUAACCUAUACAUAUUUGUAUAUUAGAAUGCUUGUGUCUCCUACCUUGUAUAAGGUUGACACAUUUGGAAAUUCUGAUGAGCCAACUCUUUCAUCAUUUAGAGCAUCCAUUGCGCAUAGUGUCCUGACUAAAUUACGAGAUCAACAAUUAAUUAUAUAUAAUGAGGAAGAUGGUUCCGUAGAACCUACAGAACUUGGCCGUAUCGCAUCUUACUUCUAUAUUAAACCUGAAUCAAUAACUAUUUACAACAGGGAGUUAACUGAUCGUAGUACUAUUAUAGAUAUGUUUAGAAUAUUUUCUCUUUCAGAUGAAUUUAAAUACAUAUCUAUUCGUCAAGAAGACAAAAUUGAGUUACAAGAAUUAUAUAACAAAUGUCCAAUACCUAUUAAAGAUAAUAUUACUCAUCCAACUACUAAAGUGAAUAUAUUAUUACAAGCAUACAUUUCUCAAUUAAAAUUUGAUGGAUUUGCACUGAAUGCUGACAUGGUAUUUAUUCAACAAAAUGCAGGACGAUUAAUAAGGGCUAUGUUUGAAUUAUGCUUAAGGAUGAAAUGGUCUCAACCAAGUAAGGUACUGUUAAGUUUAGCAAAAUCUAUUACUUGGAAGAUGUGGUCCACUAACACACCUUUAAGACAAUUUAGAAAAUGCCCUACAGAAGUGAUAAAGCGUGCUGAAUCAGCUAUAUUACCAUGGACAAAGUAUCUUGAAUUUACUUCACCUUCAGAAUUGGGCCAAGCUAUACGAGUUGAGGGCUACGCAAAAUUGGUAUACGACUUAAUUCAAAGAUUUCCAACUGUAAAAAUUAAUUCAAUAAUCCAACCAUUAACACCAAGUUUGUUAACAUUUGAAAUCCAAAUUUUACCACAUUGGAUAUGGGAUGAAGGCAUUCAUGGAACAGGCGAAAUUUUUUGGAUAUUUCUUGAGGAUACAGAUGGCAGGGAAAUACUCUAUGCCGAUACAAUUUUAAUAAAGGAAUCAGAUAUCGAUAUUGAACAGUCAUUAUCUUUCCAUCUCCAAAUAUCACCCUCACAACAAAAACGGUUACCUCCUACAGUAUAUAUAAGUGUUAUCUCAGAAAGGUGGUGGCAUUGUAUAUCACGGUCACCUAUCGUAUUAGAAACUAUAAAGUUACCAAAAAAAUUUCCGUUGGGCAGAGAACUUGACGAUGUUGAUAAAGUUAUAGUAGAUUCGUUAGGGUAUAAAGAACUCAACGACAUAUUUAAAGGUAUUACAUUUAAUGACAUUGAGAAAGACGUUUUUCCUGUUUUAUUUGAAUCAAAUGAAAAUAUUUUAAUCGGUUGUCCUAGAGGAUCUGGCAAGACAAAUAUGGCAUUACUUGCGAUAUUAAACCAUUGGAGACAAAAUAAAGGUAGAGCUGUAUAUAUCAGUACCUCUCAAGAUCAUAUAAACAACAAUUAUGACCAAUGGAAUAAAAAAAUAAGUCAUAUUGCUGGAGGGAAAACUAUUAAUAAAUUAGGCGAUAAUUUAACAUCUAAUAUAAAACUCUUAGCUCAAAGUCAUUUGAUAUUAGCUACACCACAACAAUUUGAUGCCUUGUCACGUAACUGGAGAAAACGUAAGAAUAUCCAACGUAUUGAAUUAUUCAUCUUCGAUAAUAUUAAUGAAAUUAGCCAUGAAUCUUUUGGAUAUCUAUAUGAAAAUAUGAUUUCUAGAAUUAUUUUUAUGUAUUCUCAUAUUAGCAAUGAUAUUAGGAUUGUUGGACUUUCGUCAUGUUUACCAAAUGGUAUUGAUUUGGGUGAUUGGAUUGGUGUAAAGAAGGAAAAUGUUUAUAAUUAUAUUCCAAAUACCAGACUUAAUCCAGUUGAAAUUCAUCUUAAGUCGUUUUCCAAUAUUAAUCAUUUACCAUACACGCCAACUAUGAUACGUUAUGCAUUUGAUAAAAUGAAAAAUAAGGCUCACUCAACACCAUCAAUUAUAUAUUUGAAUUCACGUAGAGAUUGUGUUGAAAUUGCUAAAAAAAUUAUAACUCUCUCUAAAAUUUUUGGAUGGAAUAUGUUAAAGACUGAAGGUGAACAGAUUGAGAAUUAUGUCAACUCUCUAGUUGACAAUGCAUUGAAAACAUGUUUGUUAAACGGUAUUGGUAUAUUGUACACAGGGAUAAAUAAAAAAGAUAGAAAGCUUAUCCAAGAUCUUUAUAACCAUGGUGUCUUCUCCAUUCUUCUCAUUACAAAAAAUUUUUCAUAUGAUGCACCCAAAGCAGAUAUGAUAGUAGUUUUGGGUACAGAGUGUCUAGAUUACAAAACAAAUAAAUAUGUUAACUAUCAAGCUGAUGAAAUUUCUGAGAUUCUUGGUUGUGUUAGCUCUAAUCAUCAUAUAGCGGGAAAACUUUUUAUUCUUACAAAUGAUUACCAUAAAGCUUACUAUCGCAAGUUUAUUUCAGAACCUGCGCCAGUUGAAAGUUAUUUAUAUUAUUUCUUACAUGAUUCUUUCAUUAAUGAGAUAAACAAUAUGGUAAUCACCAACAAGCAAGAUUGUCUUGAUUGGUUAACUUAUUCAUAUUUUUAUAGAAGAAUACAUGCUAAUCCUAGUUUCUAUGGUGUUACUGAUAAUUCCUCUUAUGGAAUAUCUGCAUAUUUAAGUGAAUUAGUUGAAACUACAAUUAAUGAUAUGAUUGAUUUGAAUUUAAUACAAAUAAAAGAAGCUAACCAUGAUGGAAAUGCAGAAAUAAUAUCCCCAUUAAAUGGAUGUUUAAUUGCCUCACAUUAUAGUGUAUCUUUUUUUACAAUGAACAUUUUUGUUAAAACGUUGACAAUUGAUUCCACACUGAAGGAUAUCCUAUUAGUUUUAUCUUAUGCUACAGAGUUUGAACCUAUUCCUGUGGAGAAAGAUGACAUAUUAAGGCUUUCUAGGAUAGAAAAAAUAUUGCCAUUACAAUAUCCUGAUAGUAAAAGACUUAAUAUUGUUUCUUAUAAAGUAUUUAUAUUAUUACAGGCGUAUUUUUCUAGAAUAUCUCUAUCAGUUGAAUUUAAAAAUGAUUUAAGAUUGAUACUACGUAAAACAGAAUCAUUGAUCAAUGCCAUGGUUGAUAUUUUAUCAGGUGAAGGGUUUUUAAAUGCAACUAUAGCAAUGGAUCUUUCUCAAAUGAUCAUGCAAGCUGUUUGGGAUGUUGAUUCACCAUUGAAACAAAUUCCAUUUUUUACAGGAAAUAUAUUGGAAAAAUGCAAAGAAUUAAAAGUUGAAACUGUAUAUGAUGUAAUGGCUCUAGAAGAUAAAGAUCGCGAAUAUAUCAUGACAGUAUCUGAUGAAAAGUUAAUUAAAUUGGCUGACUUUAUAAACAAUUACCCUAAUAUCGAAAUGGACUACACUAUAGAACAUAGUAAAUUUAAAACUGAUGAACAAAUUAUGGUGCAUAUCACUCUAAGAAGAGACGACGAGCCAGAAACAUUGAUUGUAACUUCUGAAUAUUAUCCUUAUGAGAAAAUUGAAAGAUGGUGGAUUGUCAUAGGUGAUAGUUCUAAACGUGAGUUAUAUGCUCUUAAGAAAGUUACAUUAUCAACAGAAGCUCAACAAUAUGAUAUACCAUUUGAACUUUCCAAAGUAGGAAAACAUGAUUUGACUAUUUGGUGUGUAUGUGACUCAUAUCAAGAUGCUGAUAAAGAAGCUUCAUUCUUUAUAGAAAUUAUAUAG